CCGAUCGAGCGGGCGGACUGCGUGAUGAGCGACUUCAAGGAGUGGCUGCUCAAAGACAAGAGCGGGGCCGAGGCCGAGGCCGCCUUCCCGCUCGAGCCCGGCGAGUUUGCGCCGCAGAUGCACAGCUUCCUCUCGGCCACGCCGCAGUACCGCGAGAUGGUGGGCUUCACCGGCCCAGACUUCGCGGCGGUGAGCUGGCUGCGCGUCCGCGUCCGCGCAAAGUUCGACGCGCGCGGGACGGCGGCGCUGCGGCUGCUCGCCGACCCGCAGCUGCUCGCGCACUACAAGCAGGAGUGGGAGGGCUGGUUUAGGAGCCUCGAGGGCGUCGCGGCGCGCGGCGUCUCGAGCUGCCCCAAGUGGAACAUGCUCGCCACCGAGGACGCCUUCUUCCGCGGCGUCUACUCGGCGCUGCUCUGGACGCCGCUCUUCUCGAUGGCGGCGGUGCUCGUCUUCUCGCGCUCGCUCGCCGUCGCGUACGCCGCGCUCUUCUGCCUCCUCGGGAUGGUCGCGUCGGUGCUCGGCCUGAUGCGGCUCUUCUCGAUGCCGCUCGGCGUCGUCGAGGCACUCGCCCUCUCGCUCAUCAUCGGCCUCUCCGUCGACUACAUCAUCCACGCGGCGCACGCCUACACGCACUCCCUCCUGCCCGACCGCUUCUACAAGUCGCGCGCGGCGCUGCUCGCGCGCCUCCCGUCGGUCGUCGCCGCCGCCCUCACCACGCUCGCCGCCGUGCUGCCGCUGCUGCUCGCCCGCCUCCUCCCGCUCCGCGACUUUGGCGUCGUCUUCCUCUUUGUGACGGCCGUCUCGCUCGUCUUCUCCGCCGCCUUCCUCACCGCCCUGAUGCUGCUCGGAC